AUGUGUGGAAUGUGACGGCUUAAUCCAUGUGGCACCAUCUGACAGGAUCUCUGUGAUCCAUUGCUUGGUGGCGCAUAAUUUAAAGGGAUAGUUCACCCAAAAUCGAGGGUCUUCUGGUUAGUGUGGGAGUGGAUGGUACCAUCUCUUUAAGUUUUAAAAUGACACAAAAGGGUGAUUCUCACGAAAUUAGACUUAUGAGGUGUCAUAUAACAUUUUGAUAAAAAGUAAAUGCUAUGAAAAUAAGAAGCAUACAGUUACAAACAUCUCUUCAUGUACUAUUUUGCACAUGAUUUCAAAUGACAUCAAACCAAUUUUGUUGUUUUUUCCACAUUUAAGUGGAAAAUUUUCAUUACCGCAACGACUGGAUUUGGGUUCUUUGACAUGGAAAAUUUAUAAUUAAAAAAUCUAAAAAAUAAAAAGCUUCAGUGCAUGUUAUACUAUAAACAUUUACAGUAAAGAAACAUGUGGUGUUUAAUGAUCAUUGGUAAAUGUAGAGACAAUAAUAAGGAAUAUAAGUGUGUCCAAGACCAAUUUUCUCAUCCUCCGCAACAUUUUUCAAUCAUUGUUUCAAUCAUUGCAAGGAACUAACAUUUUAAAAAACAUUUUUGGAAGGGACAUAAUUGACUGUGACACUCAAGAUAUCUACCAGGUAAGCAGUUCUUAUUUUUUCUCUCCACAUAAAAGUUAAAACUGUGUUUGUCAUAGUACCUAGACAACUUUUUAGUUCUCAUUACGGAAACAUGAGUUUGUAAAUGCAUAUAUUUAAUGUAAUAUCAUGUUGCGGUAAUGAUAAUUUUUGAUAAUGAUAAACUAAAAAAAUUUAAUAAUUCUAUAGGAAAUAUUUUUAAAUGCUUUAAAAAUAAUGGUUAUAGUAAAUUCAGACCUUAAUCUUAUAUGUGCAAAAAAUUGCCUUCAAAGGCUUUUUAAAAAUUCUGAUGCUGGACACCUUCUAAAUCUGGAUUUCGUGAGAAUCACCCAAAAGUGAUAAACAAGUAACUUAAUUCGAAAUGCCAAAGAAGCCAAAUGUUUUAAGUGCCCUGAAGGCAUAUGAAAGGGUUUGGUGAAAAACAAGCUAAAAUAUAAUUAAUUAUUUGAUAAAAGCAUAUCCUUCAAUGAACAUUCAGGAUGUUUGCUUUAAAUUAAUUUGCUACGGUGGUAUUCACAAGAAAUUGGAAUAAAUGUCAAAACACUUAAAAUACAUGACUCGAGUCAAAUUUUGUUAUCUAUUUAAUAUUUCUUGUCUCUUUUAAAGGCUUUACUGGUCUGCCUCUAUCACCAUCCACUUCUUUAGUAACCAGAAAACCACAACACUUUUUAAAAGUUCUGCAUUAGGGUUCUGAAGAGCAAAGAAAGACACUGAGGGUGUGUAAAUAAGGACAACAUUUUCAUUUUUGAGUGAACUAUCCUUUCAAGCUUGACAAAGUGAUGACUUAAAUAAUGUAAAGUGCUUGUAAAUAGUUAAAAGUCCAGUAAAUGCAAGGAUCAGCUGACUGGUACUUUGGGAUCCAUAGUUUGGCUUCGGUAUAUAAAGUUUCUUUGAUCUUAAGUUCAGUAGAAUGGCCUAACUCCAGCUCACAUGAUAUUUUACCAGGCUCUUUGAAUGCCUCAUGUCAAACGUUGCAGCAAAGGUUAGUCAUGUGUAUGGAGAGAACGUAACACAGGCUGGGAGAGUCUUCAUCACAGGCGCCUUUUGAGUCUUCGGCUGUAAAUACAUUGGGUUUGUCUGCCAGCCCCCUUAAAGUGUGGAUGAAUCACAUGGUACGUCACUUGAUUCACUAAAUGGGCAAUCACAAAACGUAAAGGCCACAAAAGAAUGCUUGUGAAGUCACAUGGCUGAGGCGGAUUAAAGCCAUAUAACAUCUUCCCCCAAACACUCAUUUUCCCUUUUUUGUUUGGUUGCUCUUUGCUGUUGAGGUAACUAUGAAUUGGUGAUGCUUGGUCUUGAACUUCUAACCUGUUCUUACUUUAAAUCCAGUGAGAAGGAAAAUAGCCACGACUUGUAAUCUGGGUCUCGUGCUCGACUCCAUCAGAGGCCUUUGGCAGCAGGGAGAAAAGCAAAGCUUACUUUCUUCAACCAAACCAGACCACCACCUUCUCUUUUUUAAGUUCACAUUGUAAAUCUGACUCGUGUUCAUUAUUGCUCAGCUAUGCAGUAGAAAUCAGAAGAUCCAAGCAAUCUUGCAUGCAUUUGGAGAACCAUGACUCUCCUAACCGAGGAUCAGCCUUGCAGGUUCUCUGGACCAGAGAGCCCAAUUGCAUCUAUAGAGCACUACCCACAGGACUCCGGGUUAAAAGAGGACUAUGUGGACAGUAUGGAACCAGCUGUGUUCGGAGUUGUCGAACCUCCAAAGAGGUCCAGAGGAAGGCUUAUCAUGCACGGCAUGGUUAUGUUCGGAAGGGAAUUCUGCUACGCCGUCGAGGCGGCAUUCGUCACACCGGUGUUGCUGAGCGUUGGACUCCCAAAACGCUUGUAUAGCUUGGUGUGGCUCAUAAGUCCUAUUUUGGGCUUCAUCCUGCAACCCGUAAUUGGCUCGGCAAGCGACUACUGUAGGUCCCGGUGGGGCCGCAGGCGACCAUACAUAUUGUUGCUGGCAAUUAUGAUGUUGGUGGGGUUAACUUUAUUUCUAAAUGGAGAUGCGGUGACAUCAGCUACGAUACAGGACAAAGAUGUUAAAAGGACGUGGGCCAUCGUUGUAGUCAUGUUUGGAGUGGUGAUGUUUGAUUUUUCGGCAGACUUUAUUGACGGACCCAUCAAAGCUUAUUUGUUUGAUGUGUGUUCUCAUCGAGAUAAAGAAAGAGGUCUGCAUUAUCACGCCUUACUCACAGGUUUAGGUGGAGCUUUUGGAUACCUGAUAGGAGCCAUGGACUGGGGUCACUCUGCAUUGGGUCUCGUGCUCGGUUCGGAGUACCAAGUCAUCUAUUUUUUUUCAUCCUUGACCUUGGGCUUUUUUCUCACUGUGCAUCUUUUCAGCAUCCCGGAGAUACCACUGAGCAAAGACACCAGUUCAGACUCACUCAGCUCUCUCCUCCUGGAAGUUUCUCAUAACGGCGGCUACGGCUCUGUAUCCAAAGAGCUGCCGCCUGAGCCUGAAAUAAGGCAGCGUUCCUUCUCUGCUCUCAGUGAAGCGAAUGCGGUUACGCCCAGUGCCAAGCAGCCUAACAGCGAGGUGCAGAAAAGGAUGACCCUGAAAUCUUUGCUGUCAGCCAUGAUUAGCAUGCCCAGCCAUUAUCGUUGUUUGUGCAUGAGUCAUUUGCUGGGCUGGACGGCCUUCCUGUGCAAUAUGCUUUUCUUUACUGACUUCAUGGGACAGAUCGUGUAUAAGGGGAACCCAUAUGCCGAACAUAAUUCAACCUCCUAUGUGACUUAUGAGAGAGGAGUUGAGGUGGGCUGCUGGGGUUUGUGCAUCAACGCCGUCUCCUCUGCACUCUAUUCAUACGUGCAGAGGUUGCUCCUGCCAUACAUUGGUCUGAAGGGUCUGUACUUCCUUGGCUACUUUAUGUUCGGUUUGGGAACCGGUCUGAUCGGGCUGUUUCCAAAUAUCGUAGCCACCCUGACGCUGUGCGCCGUGUUUGGUGUAAUGUCCAGCACACUCUACACCAUCCCAUACAACCUCAUCUCGGAGUACCACAAACGGGACGAGGAGCAAAGGAAAUUGACUGGUGAGGACACAGCUUUGGAGAGCCGUGGUACUGGCAUGGAUUGUGCAGCUCUUACCUGUAUGGUACAGUUGGCUCAGGUCAUAGUGGGAGCUGGACUCGGAGCACUGGUCAACCUGGCAGGCAGUGUCAUUGUAGUGGUGCUCUCUGCCUCAACAGUCUCUCUAUUCGGCUGCAUUUUUAUUGCUGUCUUUAUGUAAUGUAUGCAUUAAAGUUAUUACAUUUUUCCCAGUU